UAUGGUUUUGAGCGCGCAAACAGAUAGCCAUGUUGUAAUGUACCGUACUACGCGUGUCCGAGGAUGCCAUGGUACGGUAUGACAAAUUUACGGCGGAUUCCUACGAAGUUGGAUCUACUCAUUGUUGGACCUAGAGUCUAGACCCACCAAAGCCGGCUCUGCGUAAUGCAACAACGCGGAUCUGACAACCCGCGUUAUAAAUUCUCAUUGCAUGGCAUCCUGAUUGGUUGAGCGAUUCGACAAACUUGACAGAAAGCGGGCGGUGUGCGACUGUAUCAGGCGGCUAGCUGUGUUGUGAAGUGAACUAGCUAGGAACGAGAAGGCCGCCAUGAAAUGACGGCCAAGAGUUAGCUAGGAAGAUUUGACG